CUUUUACUUUCACACACUUUUUUUUUCCGCGUAUUCUUUCGUCUUCUUUUUCUUCUUCUUCUUCUUCACAAUUCCUGAUUAUGACCAAGAUCAACGUUGAGACGCUUACCUAUACUCAGCUCGCCAAGGUGUUUGAUCACGCCAUUUUGAAGCCUGAACAAACAACCAAGGACGUAGAGCAAGGCUGUAAGCUCGCAAUCAAAUACGACGCCAAGUCCGUGUGUGUCAAACCGUGCGAUGUCAAGCAGGCUGCCGACAUUCUGAAAGGCUCGAGUGUUCUUGUUGGUACCGUCAUUUCUUUCCCGCACGGCAACUCGCCUACUACAGCCAAGGUCGCCGAAGCUUUGCAGGCCGUAGAAGACGGUGCUAUCGAGUUGGAUGUUGUCAUCAAUAUCGGUCACUUGAAAUCGGGCCUCUACGACGAAUGUCAAAAGGAACUCGAGGCUAUUAUCAAGACCUGCAAGGCCAAGCGAUCCGAUGUCAUCUUUAAGAUUAUUUUCGAAAAUGCUUAUUUGUCAAAGGAUGAAAUUGUUCAGGCAUGCAAGAUUGCCGAGGCUGCUGGUGCAGAGUUUGUAAAGACUUCCACUGGCUUUGCAUCUUCGGGCGCCACCUACGAUGACAUUGAAUUGAUGCGUGCUAGCGUCUCGGAUCAUAUCCAAGUCAAGGCAUCCGGUGGCAUCAAGAGCCUGGAUCAAGUGAUCACCUUCUUACAAAAGGGUGCCACACGAUGCGGAUCGUCUUCGACGGAUAAGAUCCUUGAAGAAUUCAAGCAGAAGAACAGCGCAUAAGAUAUUUACUACUGGUCACAGCAGUAGAUAUAUAGCCUACUAUACCUCUUUAUCUCUCUCCCUCUCUCCCAAUGUAUCGUGUGUUGUUGUAGAUGUUUUGAAUUAUAACAUUUUGUACAGUUUAUAGCCCGCAAAAUACC